AUGGGAACUCUCAUGUAUCCCAAACUGUUGUUACUUUCCAGUGCUCUAGCCCUCUCAUAUCUUAUCAGUCUUGCUUUCUAUCGUCUUUUCUUGCAUCCGCUUGCAAAGUUUCCUGGUCCUAGGUUGGCAGCGAUCACACGAUACUAUGAAGCCUACUACGAUUUGUGGAAAGGAGGGAUGUACAUCUUCAAAAUCAAGGAGAUGCAUGAUAAAUAUGGCCCCAUUGUGCGCAUAAGCCCUUAUGAGCUCCACAUCAACGAUCACGAUUUCUACGAAAAGCUGUAUGGGCAUGAUGGUCGCUUCAAUAAAGACGAGUUUGCCGUCAAGCCACUUAACGCUCCGUUCUCCGCGCACGGUACAACUGAUCACAAUCUGCACAGGAUCAGACGAGCAUCUCUGAAUCCCUUCUUCUCAAAGAAAAAGAUUGUUUCCCUUGAACCGGUGCUUCAAGGCCAGGUUGAGAAACUCUCGAGGCGCAUGGAGGAAUUUGCAGAUUCAGGCAAGGUCAUGCCUCUUGGGUAUGCUUAUGCAGCUUUCACCAUGGACAUUGUUACGGAGUAUGCUAUGGAGAAAAGCUACGGGAACCUGGACCAUGAGGACUUCAAUGCAGACCUGUGUGAUUGUGUUAAAGGCGUGGGCCCUAUCUGGCACCUGGGAAAGCACAUUCCCUGGUUCAAUCAAAUCUACGCUAUGACCCCAAGCUGGGUCAUCCAGAAGCUGCUGCCAAAAUCCGGUCAUUGGAAGGCAUUUCAAGAUGACUGCAUUGUCCAGAUCAUGAAAGUCAUGUCAGCUGCGGAGAGCGGAGCAAUCAACGAAAAAUUCCACCAGACAGUCUUCCGUGAGAUCCUGAAAUCGGACGUCCUCCCGGCACAGGAAAAGACUGUAGAGUGCCUCCGCGAUCAAGUACAGAGUAUUGUCAGCGCCGGCACCGAGACCACGGCGCACACGCUCCGCGUCAUCACCGUCCACCUCUGCCUCAAUCGGCCUAUACUCCAAAGACUCCGCGCCGAGAUCCGAACCCUCCAGCCAGACCCGUACACGCCGGCAAAGCUCCUGCAACUCGAAAAGCUCCCCUACCUCACCGCCACCUGUCUUGAAGGGCUCCGUCUCUCUUCCGGUGUCUCCGCGCGGCUCCCUCGGAUAUCCCCCGAUCAGAUCAUCAGGUACGGCGACUGGGAGAUCAUGCCCGGCACCCCGGUCGGUAUGACCCGCAUCUUCAUGCACGAGGACGAGACCAUCUUCCCCGACCCUGCUGCUUUCAAGCCGGAGCGCUGGAUGGUGGAUGCUGCGGAGCGAAGGAGGCUAGAGCGCUAUCUGCUGCCGUUCUCGAAGGGUGCUAGGAACUGCGUGGGGAUUCAUCUUGCUUGGGCAGAACUCUACCUCUGCCUCGCCGCUGUGGUUUCCCGCUUCGACCUUGAACUGCAAGGAACCACUGUCGAGGACGUAGAGUUUGGGAGCGAUCAGCUUAUUCCUGAAACGAAGGGGAAGAACGGAGUCAGCGUGCUUGUCAAGAGAGUCCAGGAUUGGGAUUAA